UGGGGGGCCAGGCAAAACUCCGCGAGGCCUGGCGACAAUCCCUCCUCGUGGUGCCUGGACACGGCUCCCACCACGGUGAAAGGCGCGACGGAUGAGGAUGAAGGUGAGGACAAUCUCGUUGCCGCCGUGCACGAGGAAUUAAAGUGCCUUGGCGGAGAAGCGCACCUGAAGUGGGAUAAGAAGAGGGGAGGCAGAGUCGACUGGGAGCGGUGCACGUCUGGGACGGCGGUUCCGUGGGAGAUUCCGCCCUUCGACGCCGACACGGUGACCUGCCCCGGGUUCGAUGAGGUGUGCACGAUAUCCGCCACCGGCGGCAGCGUCCUCACGGGGUUUAAAUGGGACGGCAAGGACAAGGAGUGGAAGAGAAAGGCCCCUGUGGAAGAGCCGGAGCCGGAGCCGGCGCCAGCGCCGCCAGUGACGGGCCCUGCUGAGGUUGGGCCCGGCAACGGCCACGAGAACCGGCCCGCGAUCCCGCCGCCUUCCGAAGGAAACAACGGCGGAGGCACCGGCGGCAGCAGCGAGCCGGUCGGCGGCGCGCCGUCGACGGGGCAGGGGCUCCCCGCAGCGGACCCGGAGGGCCCGCAGAAGCCCGUGCCCGAGGAGGGCGGGGUUGCGGUGCCGGGGGCAAAGGACAGCGAGGGCGUGCCUCCCGAGAGCAGCCACGGCGGCGGCGGCGGCGGCGGAGGUGUGAGUCCUCCGGCGGGGACACCGCCAGCGGGCGGGGACGCAGCCGACAGGGCCGGUGACGGUGCUGCCACCCCCGCAGGGCCCAACGGCACUGGCGCGGCAGGCAAGAGCGACGCCACGCCUCCGGCCCACGGCGAUGGCACUGUGACUGCUGCCGGCCCCUCUCUGCUUUUGCUUCUUGCCGCCGCCGCCGCUGCAGCAGCGCUUUGUUGA